GGACUCAGUGUCAGAGGGGCCGGACGUCAGAGACAUGCUCACCGUCAGAGUGGGAAAAAUGGCGAGACGACAAAACAUCAAAGGAAAGGUUUUACAGUUCAUGUUGGUGUUGGUGCCAGUGAUUCUGUUUCUCACACUCAUCCUGCAGAAAUACAGCAACCCGUUUCAAGUCAUCAGAGAUGAUUUGCGUCUUGUUUUACGUGAAGGCUCUGGUGCCGCCAGUCAGAAGUCAAAGGUGACCCCAAAACUUUCCUCUCCAGCCGGGCCGUGCAUCAUGAUGAGAGACUGUCCGGCAGAUACCUUCAGCUUCUACAUCCAGAGCGGAGCCGCUAACGUCGUGGGUCCAAAGAUCUGCCUCCAAAACAAGCUGGUUCUUGGAACCGUCUUGAACAACGCUGGACCUGGAAUAAACAUCGUUGUAAUAAACGGUAAAACAGGGGAGAUCAUAAAGACCAGUCACUUCAACAUGUACAGUGGCGACGUGAAACCUCUCAUCGAGCUCCUGAAGAGCAUCGAGGUGGGAUCUGCUGUGCUGAUGGCGUCCUACGACGAGCCUUCAUCAAAGUUGAAUGAAGAUGCGAGGAAGCUGAUUGCAGAGCUGGGAAGUUCUUCUGUCAAGUCACUGGGAUUCAGAGAUAACUGGGUGUUUGUUGGUGGGAAAGGAGCGUCAGUGCAGAACAACUUUGAGAAGUACCUAAAGAACGACAACGCAAAGAAUAAAUAUGAAAACUGGCCUGAGCUCAUCGAACUACAAGGAUGCAUCCCCAAGUAUCUGGAGUGACCUGCUGCUUUGUCCUGAAGGAACAUCUUCACUGUUAAAUCAGGAACAUAAAGCAGGAGGAACACGACACGUUGGUGGGACUGAGAUGAUAUUUGUGCAAUAAGACAAACUGCAGCCUGGUGUGUAAACUGAUCUCUGGGUGAACCAGUUUCUUCAUCAUCAGACGGAUAAACAAAGAAAUAUGCACCUGCUCUGCUGUGACAUUUGAUGGAGUCUGAACUCUGAAUUACAGGUUGUUCUGUCUGUUGCCACCACAUGAAGGCUGGUUAACAGACAACAAUACUUUUGUUUUUCUUGAUUUUAAACAUUCUUUUAUUACGUCUGAAAGACGGAGGAGGUUUGCAUCAAACAUGAGUGCUCUGGAUUAUCUGCCCUCUUUACAGAGUAACUCUAUUAGGUGUUGGGAAACAGUCAAACUCUCCUACAGAUGUUAUAAACGAAGAUACGACUUGAUAUAGUGGUAAGAAAUAAUUCAGAAGAACAACAUCCCUGCUGCCAUGUCCCAGUUCUUGGAUUUUAAGAUUCAAAACUAAAAGUGCAUUCAUCUGCUUUUUUUCUCGUAAAGUCAGAAAUGUUUAAAUUGUGUGGUUGUCAUAAAUGUUUUACAGAUUGAGGUUCAGCUCUGAGGGAUUCAGGGGGUCAGGAGGCCUCAAAGAUAUAACUACUGUCUACAGUGACUCUUUUUAACAUGUUAUUGUUGGAAAAUCAGAAAAAGUUCUUUCAUAUUGAGUUUCUGCCAGAACAAAGUCAGAUCCAAAACUUUAUUUUUAUGUUUUUGUUAUUAAACUUUCAAGAUUUUCACCUCAGAAUGCAAAAGUUGACUUUGUCCUACUGACACUGAGGUAUCAUGUAAUCACAUGAUUAAUCACAUGUAUGCUGAAGGCAGGAAGAGUCAUUCAGAGACAGGAGGCCUUUCCCAUUUCCCGCUUUUGUGCCUCCUCGGCUUCUCCAGUUUGUCACUUAGAAAAUGAUCUCAGCGCUUCAUCUUGAAGGAUAUCCCAAUACCUAAAAUGCAUCUCGAGGAGCGAGGAGGUUGUUUAUUGAAUUCCAAGUACAGUACAUAUGCUCAGACAGAGAUCAUGAAAUUGGGUUGCUUACUAUCUCAGUGGGUAGAGUGGGUGCUCCAUGUACAAAAGCAAUGUCCUUGCUGCAUCAGCCGUGGGUUUGAUUCCUGCCUACAGCCCUUUGCUACAUGUUGUCCCCUCUCUCUCCCCAUGUCACGCCUCAAACUGUCCUGUCAUUAAAGGCAUAAAGCCCCCCAAAUGAUGUCUAAAAAAGACAAAAAGAGAUCAUAUUAUAGAGCAGUAGGCUUUAACAAAACAAUAGACAGAUGAUGCAGCUGUGCCUCACGUCAUAUGUAAUUAACAUCACUUUAAAAUGAUGGCUCUGAAGCAAGGAUGUCUCAUCUUGUUAAUGCCUGUCCACUGGGUGGGACUAAGACGUGAGGAGAGGAGGUGAGAGGGGAAAUUGAGAAUGUACAAACUAGGAAAUAGGAAAGGCUUCUAGGUUUAUAUUGUUUGUCCUUUUUUAAAAAAAAAAAUUCUUAUGUUACUGAUGUUUUUCUAGAAAAAUGUAUGAUUUUAUUUGUGUGAAAUGUUUAUUAUCUACAUCAGCAAUAAACAUGUAAAAUG